GUUUUGUUUCUCCAUUUGGCCCAGGACUGACUACAUGCAGAUGCACCAUUUCAAUGCAAGACCCUCAACCUUCUUCAAGUCUUAGGAGGGGCAUUAAGACAAAAUUAUUUCCCCAUAAAUAGGAUCCUCCAGCUUUCAUUCCCAUAAAAGGCUACGGAGAUCUUUCCUCCCCAGGGGUUAAAAGCCUCCUGCAGUCUCUCCUUAACUCUACAAAUGAGUAGCUUCCCCAUCACUCCUGCCCGCAUGUCCUACCUACCCCCAUCACCGGUUAGCUGAAGGGCGCCAUCCUGGGCGGAAAAUACCGAGGAAAUGGCAGAAAUUCUAACGCCGGAGCAGAUCACCGAAUACAAAGGCAUCUUUGAGAUGUUCGACGAAGAGGGGAACGGCUUGGUGAAGACAGACGAGUUGGAGAGCCUCAUGAGUUUGAUCGGCAUCAACCCCACCAAGAGAGACCUGGUCAACAUGGCCAAGGAUGUCGACAAAGACAAAAAAGGCACCUUCAACUGCGAUGGGUUUCUGGUGUUGAUGGGCAUUUACCACGAGAAAUCCAAAAACCAGGAUGAGGAACUCCGAGCCGCCUUCAAAGUUUUUGACAAAGAACACAAGGGCUACAUCGAGUGGGACACACUCAAAUACGUGUUGAUGAACGCCGGAGAACCGCUGAAUGAACAUGAAGCUGAACUCAUGAUGAAGGAAGCUGACAAGGACGGGGAUGGGACCAUCGACUACGAAGAAUUCGUGGCCAUGAUGACGGGCGAAUCCUUCAAACUGACUCAGUAAGACCUGGGAGAAACUUUUCUUCGGUUCCCUCUCCCCUAUCUGCUUUCUCUUCCUCCGGCGGUGUUAAGUGGGGUAAAAAAGACCCGUG